UAAAGCCAGAAACAGCAUCCAUUUAGUGAUCCAGUUAAGUUUUGGAUCUGUAUCUGUUGAACAAGUAGACUCAUCCAUGACGGUGCAGCGUUCGCUUUAAUACGUAGACGUCAUCAAAACACGACUUCUCUGACAGACCACGUGGGUCAAGGAGAAUCAGGAGGGGAAAUACGCUGGGGUGACAGGGAAUUGCAGCUACAGUUAGCCUGCAGAUAUAUAUAUAUAUCAGAAACUAGUCAUUUAUACGCAUUUUCACAAAGAUGAAUAGCGUUGGAGAGGGAUGCACUGAUUUAAAGCGUGAAUAUGAUCAGUGUUUUAACCGCUGGUUUGCAGAGAAAUUUUUGAAAGGCGAUCGGAGUAGUGAUCCUUGCACCGAAAUGUUCAAGAAAUAUCAGUCGUGUGUUCAGAAAGCUAUCAAAGAGAAGGACAUCCCAAUUGAUGGCGUUGAAUUCAUGGGACCGGACAAAGAGAAGCCUGACAGUUGACAUAAUAACUGAAAAUUGUAUCCAUUCUCCUGGCAUCCCGGGAACUCCAACGACGGGGUCUUCGAGGUGUCUUCGAGGGUCGGGAAGCGGGCCUUUUCACGCCAGGCAGACAUUGGGGAGUAUGAAAUGACUUGCUUUUGCUGUAUCAUGUUAUCAGCCGACGACCUUCCAGAAGUGUGAGAAAUUGAAAAGUUAAUCCAUCCUGGGUUUCAUUUAGUCAAUUAGCCUCUUAACUGCAUUUGAAGAUCGGUGAUGCAAUUUUCAUUGUGCAUCAUUGGCCUUUAAAUAAUUCUAUCAGAUAUGAAAGUCUGGAGCGGUCGAGAUUGUCUUCAGAGACAAGAUUCAGCCUGACAGGAGACAAAUCUUGUUAACUUGCUUCUGCGACCUCUUUUUGGAAAUGUAACUACUGCUAUUUUUAAAUUAGCAGUAAUAUGAGCUACUGAUCCUUACGGAAGUGCCAUGCAAGUUAUACUUCAGAAAAUGUUGAGCUUUUUGUUUAUGUUUUGGUUGAGGCAGACAUUGAAUUUCACAGUACAUUUAUUUGUGCAUGACUACUACACACAGGUCUCACAACUCUGUUCUGUACUCAUUAAAAUGUGUACCUAACAGUAAUGUUCUGUUACCCACUUGACUUGUUGGCUGAUAAUUCUGAAAUGCUUAAGGGAUUGUUUCACCUCAUUUUUAUAAACUUUUAUAUAAUUUGGUUUUACAUGUAAAAUGUAUGUUGAGAAGCAUAAAGGCUCACAAUAUUUUCUACACGUUUACUUACGACUCAAUUGGCAUUUAAAUACAUAACCAGAUCUCAUUUGUGUAGCAGCCAGGGACAGUUGUGCAGCACAAAGUACAUCCUAUACACUGUUGACAAUGUAUUAAAUAAAUAAUUUAAGCGUUUCAGUAGCAUGAGAAUGUACCACUCAAGAUGUUUCAUCCAUCCAAAUUUGCCAUAUCUAAAGAUUUACGAUGAUUUGUAAGCGUCACGAUCAUUAUUGUAAUGUUCUUAAUUUUAAAACAUUAAAGCAAUCUCAAAUGUA